AUGUACUUCAAGUCGAAACGGUACAGAGACAAGUUACGGUGUGAAAUUAAAUUACUGGAAUCGUUGUUACCAGUAGAUAGAACAUCUUUAAACAGAAAACUAGACAGUCAAACAGUCUUUAGACUAGUCUUAUCCUAUUUUAGAUCUAAGCUCUUCUUUAAAGAGUUGCUUAUUCUUGAUGGAUUUGUGUUAUUAUUAACAUCAGAUGGUACUGUUUUGUAUGUGACUGAUAAUGUUCUACAAUAUGUGGGAUUCAAUCAGGUUGAUCUUUUACACCGCUGUAUUUAUGGUAUAGUACAUCCUGAUGACCACCAUGAUUUAAAGAUGGCUUUAGAACAGACUUUGCAAUCCACUUGUGAAUUUUCCUCUAGCGAUAUUUCCGAAACAGAUACCUGUAAGCCGCUGUCAUUCAUUUGCCGAAUGAAAUAUUUUAAUGGCAGUUCCGCCGGAUAUUUGAAAAUGCACUGUUCGGGAAAGAUUCUUCACCAGUCGGAUGUUUCCAGCAACUCCCGGUCGUCAAAUCAAAUGGUAUUUUUAUUUAUACAUCCCUAUAUGUUCAACAGAGUGGAACUUUCUUGUAAUGAAGGAAAAACGAAUACGUUCUGGAGCAAACAUGAGAUGGAUUUAAAGAUUCGUGAAAUAGAUGCAAAAUGUGAAGAUAUUUUAGGAACCACUUCGAAGGAGCUGCAGGAUAGGCCUUUCUAUUCUUUGUUACACCCCGAAGAUUUGUCUACGUUUGCUGCCUGUCACAGAGCGUUGACUGAAUCGACGGAUGUUCAAACUAUUUAUUUUCGUCUAGAAACAAAAGAUAAACGAUGGAAAUGGUUUCAAAGCAGAGGAAAAGUACUGACCAAAAAUUCAAAGAAAUUUUCAAUAGUAUUUUCACAUUGUCCACUCAGUGAAGAUGACAGCACUUAUAUACAACAGGAAACUAUUAUCCGUCAAAAAUAUGCCAUUGGUGACCUUUAUCAGAUGUUAAUCUCAGGUGACUUCAAGCCGGCAUGGCGACCAUGUGGCAGAAGUGAAGCAUCAAAUAUGGGGAAUCUAGAUGAUCAAAUGUCUGUUUUGUCAUACACUCAACCAGAAGAUCUUGCCAUGUCGCUCCAGUCUACUUCCUGUCCAUCGAGCUGGCACAUGCUUGGGGAUCGUCAUUCACCGGUACUUCCAUCAAAUCACGUGGCUCAUAAAAUAAUGCAACACGAAAAGCAGCGCCAAUUUCUUGAAUUUAAAAGAAGUCAAAGACAGGAAAAUCAUUACGUCGUAGAGUUAAACAACAUGGCCACUGUAGAUUGUACCUUUUCUCAUCAACCCGAGUACCUUUAUCUAUAUGGAGGAGACCCAUCUGAGACCUGUCUAGUUGAUACAGUGGAGCCAGAUUUGGACGAAUCUGGUCACAUGAAAAUUGUUGAGACUGAAACCACUGAUAAUUCUUCAAGACCUGUUGAUUUACCUUCUAUCGGUAGCUUCCUGGAAUAUCUGAAUGAGGUAUGA